AUGGCGGCUGGGGCAGGGACGCUGGAGCUGCCCUUCACCUGCGACGAGCAGCUGACGCGGCGCAUGCGGCUGCGGUUCCAGAGCCUGCAGCAAAGGAACAUGAGGGCCCAGGACGGGGAGAGGCUGCUGCGCCCCAAUGAGCACAUCUUCCGAGUGGAUUUCAUCCAGCAGCACCAGCUGCGCUUCCUCCGCUGGGACGUGCAGCUGGAGAGACCCGGCAAGGUCACGGUGACGGGCACCUCCCAGCUCUGGACUCCUGACCUCACCCACCUGAUGAACCGGCAGCUGCUGGAGCCGGUGGGAAUCUUCUGGAAGAAGCCGGGGGCCGAGGAGGUGCAGUGCAAUGAGGCAGAUGCCCAGGAGUUUGGGGAGAGGAUAGCAGAGCUAGCCCAGAUCCGCAAGGUGAUGUAUUUUCUCCUCACUUUCACUGGCGGCCUCGAACCAGCUCAGCUGAAAGGCUCCAUUGUUUUUAAAGCCUGA